CCCAUGUUGAACGAGAUUGGAUAUGACUAAUGAUAAUUUUCUUUUGGUGUUUUGAUACAAUAAUAGGCACAUGCAUGAUCAACUACAUAUUGCCAAAAAGGAAUCACAAUUUAUAUUUUUUAAUCCUUUUACAAUAUCACGAGCAGGCCUUAGUACUCCUCAAACAGAGAAAAGAGCACAAUUGUUGUCAAAACGCUUAAUGGAGUGCCAAGAUGCUAAAUAUGUUUUCAUACCCUACAACCCCGACUUUCAUUGGGUCUUGGUAGUGAUUGAGCCAAGGAAAAUGAUAGUCCACUAUCUUGACCCUAUGCAUCACAAACCAUGUGAGGACUUAAAGGAUAUCGUAAACAUGGCUCUUCGAAUAUCUGCAAAGAAAACAUCUAAGAGGGAGCCAUCUUGGCAACUAGUGCAGUGUCCAAGACAAGAAGGAGGGUUCGAAUGUGGCUACUUUGUUAUGAGAUUCAUAAAAGAGAUAAUUUUUUAUCCUACAAUUAUUGCUUCAAAGUUUGGUGAUAAAAAAACAUAUUCUCAAGUAGAAUUCGAUGAAAUUAGAGGAGAAUGGGCUACUUUUGUGUUACAACUAAUCAUGAAUCAUGUUGAUGCAUCAUGAUCACCAUGCACGGUGAGUCCUAUCUUUUUGUCAAGUAGUUUUGAUGGGUUUGAUAUGUUGGAUGUACUAUCUUUUUGUGAACAUUUGAUAUACAAAUAUUAUUAGAUGAUCAA